GCUCCGGUCUGGAGCUCCUCACCCCACCCCCACCCCUACCCCACCCACCCCACCCACCCCACCUACCCCAGCACACCGUAUCAGUCGUUUCACUGUUGUUUGAUCAAUUUAGUUCUCGUACUGUUUCUUAGAUCCGAACAAUAUCCUUCUCUGUUGAGUAUAUUGAGAUGGGGAAAUUUGAUCUACUACCCAUUCCUAAAGACAAAUCGUACUUAAGGGAGGAACUUGCUAGAGUAGAUGAAAACUGGGCUGCUGCUCGCUUUGAUUCACUGCCUCAUGUUGUUCGUAUAUUAACAUCGAAAGAUCGUGAAGGUGAUGUCCAAGUCUUAAAGGAGCAAAGUGAGAUUAUUGAGGAAGUUGUGGAUGAAGUAGUGCAUGCCUACCAUGGUGGCUUCAAUAAAGCUAUUCAAAAUUAUUCUCAGAUUUUGCGGUUAUUCAGUGAAUCCACCCAAAGUAUUGGGGUUUUAAAAGGUGACUUGGCGGAGGCAAAGAAGCUUCUUGGUGCCCGUAACAAGCAGUUGCAUCAGUUGUGGUAUCGGUCUGUUACAUUGCGACAUAUUAUCUCCUUGUUAGAUCAAAUAGAAGGCAUAGCUAAGGUUCCUGCUCGUAUUGAAAAGCUGAUCAAUGAAAAGCAAUUCUAUGCUGCCGUGCAGUUGCAUGUUCAAUCAGCUCUUAUGCUUGAACGAGAGGGUCUUCAAACGGUUGGUGCUUUACAAGAUGUCAGAUCUGAGUUGACGAAGCUAAGAGGAGUUCUCUUCUAUAAAGUCUUGGAGGAUCUGCAUGCCCAUCUUUAUAAUAAGGGUGAAUACAGUUCAACUCUCUUCAGUAUCAGUGAAAGAGAUGAUGAAGUACCAACCACUGUAGCUGUACCAUUGUCCAUGAACAACUCACAGCCUCUCUCUCGAAGAACUAGGUUACUAAAAGGUGACAAUCAGUUUGGUUCAUUUGGAGCUGGGGAUGGAUCUCACAAAACUAGCUCUAUUGAUGGCAGCUCCCUAGUAGAAGGUCAUGAUGAUGAUGGUGAAGAUACUGUGACAGAUGGCAAUCCUACCUCUUCAAGGAUCAAUGGCAUUGAUGGUGCUUCGAAGGAUGUAAAAAUUAUCACUCAUCAAGUUCUGACAUGGCUUUCAGAUUCUACACCAGAUGAAUUUGUUGAAGCAAUCAGGAAAACUGAUGCUCCAUUGCAUGUGAAGUACUUGCAGACCAUGGUUGAGUGUCUUUGCAUGCUUGGGAAAGUUGCAGCUGCAGGCGCCAUUAUUUGCCAAAGAUUACGACCUACUAUUCAUGAAAUAAUCACAACAAGGAUCAAAGCUCAUGCAGAAAAUGCUUCACGACCUCGCAUUGGCCAGGCUGCUCAAGCAGCCAUUACAGGUCUUCACUAUCUUAAAGGGCAAUUGGAGAGUUUUCAGUCUUCAAAACAGAAGCAUCAGAAUGGGAUAUAUCUCGCAGUGCUACUAGCAGUCAGCCCUGUUUCACCUGUCAUGGCUCCUACAGGAACAGCACAGGCUGCUGCAAAGGAACUCCUUGAUUCAACUCUUGAUGCUGUUGUUCAUAUAUUUGAGAACCAUGUUAUUGUUGGAGAACUUCUCGAGUCAAAGUGCUCUCAACAAAUUGACUUGAACACGCCUAAGUCUAUGCCUACAGACAUCAGUUGGAACCCUGAUUCAGAUGCAUCUCAUGCCACUGGAGGGUAUAACAUUGGCUUUUCAUUGACCGUCUUACAGAGUGAAUGCCAACAACUCAUAUGUGAGAUCCUGCGAGCUACUCCAGAAGCUGCAUCCGCAGAUGCUGCUGUCCAAACAGCAAGACUUGCAAGCAAGGCCCCUUCAAAGGAAAAGAGGGAUGGGUCAGAAGAUGGUCUAACAUUUGCAUUUCGUUUCACAGAUGCUACUGUAUCCAUUUCAAAUCAAGGGGUUGACCUCAUUAGGCAAGGAUGGGGUAAGAGAGGCUCCAAUGUACUCCAAGAAGGUUAUGGUACAUCAACUAUUUUACCUGAGCAGGGAAUUUAUUUAGCAGCCUCUAUAUACCGACCUGUUCUUCAGUUUACAGAUAAAGUCGCUUCCAUGCUGCCACAGAAGUAUUCGCAACUUGGGAAUGAUGGACUUCUGGCAUUUGUGGAGAACUUUGUGAAGGAUCACUUCUUACCUGCAAUGUUUGUUGAUUAUCGGAAAGCUGUACAGCAGGCAAUAUCAAGCCCAGCGGCAUUUCGUCCACGCGCGAAUGCUGUAACAUCUUAUACCCCAUUGAUUGAAAAAGGUCGGCCAAUCCUGCAAGGACUUUUGGCAAUAGAUUUCUUAGCAAAAGAGGUGCUUGGAUGGGCACAAGCAAUGCCAAAGUUUGCUGUUGCUCUUGUGAACUAUGUACAAACUUUUCUGGAAAGAACAUAUGAAAGAUGUCGCACUUCAUACAUGGAGGCAGUUCUUGAGAAGCAAAGUUAUAUGCUCAUAGGCAGACAUGACAUUGAAAAUCUGAUGCAACGUGAUCCAGCUAGUGCAUGUUUACCCUGCUCAACUGGUGAGCUUAACACAGAAUAUGGUGCUGCCAAUGGUGAAAAUUCAGAGGUUGAAAUGGAAAUCAGUGACGCAUUAUUGAAUUUGCGACCAAUCAGACAGGAAAACUUGAUUCGUGAUGAUAACAAGCUAAUUUUACUGGCAUCUUUAAGUGAUUCAUUGGAAUAUAUUGCUGACUCAAUUGAAAGGCUUGGGAAGAUUUGCCAUAGCACAUCUAAUCAGGUAGAAGAUAAUGGGGGGCAGAAAGCUCCAAAGCAUUCUAGAACUAGCAGUAUGCCUCCCAAGGAUUUAGCAUCUUUUGCUGAAGAAUAUAGGAAACUUGCAAUUGAUUGCCUCAAGGUUCUUCGUGUGGAGAUGCAAUUGGAGACUAUUUUCCAUCUGCAGGAAAUGACGAGUAAGGAAUUCCUGGACGAUCAAGAUGCAGAGGAGCCAGAUGAUUAUAUAAUUUCAAUAACUUCCCUGAUAACACGCCGGGAUGAGGAAAUGGCACCCUUCGUUGCAGGAUCAAGGCGGAACUAUAUAUUUGGUGGUAUAUCUAGUGUUGCUUCAAAUGGAUCAAUCAAGGCUUUGGCUGAUUUGAAAUCUAUCAACCUGUUUGGAGUUCAGCAAAUAUGCCGUAAUUCCAUUGCACUGGAACAGGCUUUGGCUGCUAUCCCCUCAAUCGACGGUGAAGCUGUGCAAUUGAGAUUAGACCGUGUUAGGACGUACUAUGAGCUGUUGAACAUGCCAUUUGAGGCCCUACUUGCAUUUAUCGCGGAGCAUGAGAACCUUUUUUCAUUUGCAGAGUACUCUCAUCUUCUUAAGGUCCAGGUUCCGGGUAGGGAAAUUCCAGCUGAUGCACAUGAUCGUGUAGCUGAAGUACUGCCCCGCUAAUUCAAACUGAAGUGCAGAACAUUGCCGUUCAUUGGAACUUGCUAGACAAGAGUGUUUGCAGAUUGAUUCUUUUUAUGUUGCAGAGCUUUGUGAAGUGCAGGCAUAUGUAUAGAUGGUUGGAAGUAAUUUCAUGGAAAAAAGCUUAACCUGAAUGUUCAUAAAUGUUCAUGGUUUUGGUCAGGGCUGUUAGACUUAUUGUUAUUAUUCUUUUUGUAGUCAUAUUCUUUAGUGUCCUGCAUCAUUUUUUGGCAACCUUUAAUUUUCAUCUUGUUCAUAUGAAGGAUUUUUCUUUAGUUUGGAUGAAAUGAAUCAUGUCUGUAAAAUUCUGUAUCCAGUAAUAAAAGAUAUUCACUUCAAUCGCG